UGAGAUCACGUGUAAGCUCUCGACGAAUCUUGUUUGCAAGCGAUGUCGAUCUGUUGCUCCACUUCAGACGUUGGGCGCGGAGAAAUCCCAAGAUGAUCAGUCUCAUAUAUCGCGCGCCUAAACUUCAGCCCAAUCUCUUAUAGAUGAAGGCACAACCCGUGGGUUGCGAAAGACGUCAUUGAAACAACCUGGUCUGGCACCAGGACAUUGAGUUUCAACCGGCCCGCGUCGUUUUCUGGCAAGGCCGAUCGUGUUUCCCAGAGCUUCUAGGCUUCGGGUGAAGCAUCCAACUGUUCUUCGCCAUGGUACAGCAAGUCGCUGUGGCAUUGUAUGAUCGGGGUGACUUCUCUCGCGGGGACAAGCGGCGAGUCUUUGGCUAUGAGGCAUAUCACUGGGGCAUCAUCAUCAUGCCCGAUGGUCACGAGGAGCGAGACUACCACGCCUUUUCUGCCACCGAUGUAUCGGAAAUCAAUCCCGUUACUUUCCGAAUGCACAACCCUACCAUGACUUGGUGGCUCCGAGCCGAGGAAAAUGUUAAGCCUGAAGAAAACGCCAAACCGCUUGGGUGUAUCGUUAUCGGAGAAGUACCAGAGGAUGUCACGUUUUCUCAGCUAGAUGAUUUAUUCCACUCCAUAUCUCUACCGGUCAAGAACACCCAUCCGCAGCAAAGCUGUGUGACUUGGAUUAUGUACGCCAUACGGGCCCUCCAGGAGCAAGGUUGGGUAACGCAGUUUGAUCUUGAUGAGUUCAAGGAUUGGGUUGUCUCUUAUGCCGACGAAAGGAUGGAAGGGUCGAGUUCACAGGUCACAUUUUACGAAGUCUAGCAAUGUCUUGAUAUCUGUUUCCUACUAUCUAUCUAUAUUUACACUUCAAUAGCCUUACCAACAAAUUCCCCAUCCCAGUAAACGGUCUUUGCAGAGACGCGUUUAUUUUAACACUAUUAGAAAUGCUCAUCGAAUUUCUGUAGGGCCAAACCUCGGCUUAGUCCUGGUCUGAUGUUUCAAACGACUUCAAAUCCGCUUUAGCUCACGAGUCAUUGAUUUGACCAUACCCUGCAGAGAAAGACGC